AUGUUCAGAACAAAGGGAAGCACUACGCCGCUUGUGCGCACCUCCCGUUGGCCUCACAACGACAUUGCUACUGAGGAGGAUGGUUUCUAUAACGAAGUACGACAGAUGUCAGGAAGACUAGAAGAGAUCCCACUUACCCAAGAUGAGCGAGUCUGGAUACGAGUGCCUGUUUCAGUCUUCAUGUUCCUCAUCUACAACCCACUGUCAAGGCUUUUUCGACCUCUGUUUACAACUCCCCAUGGCCUUUUGGGACUUCUCAUUGUCUUUUUACUCGUCCUGAUUCCUCUUUUUAUUACGUCGGGGUGUCUUUCAAGCAUUACCAAGCCAUAUCCACACAACCAUUCGAAAAACUGA